AUGGAUGUCAUGAAGAUGGUGUACGGUAUUGAUAUUGAUUAUUGGAAGUUGUACAAAGCAUUAGUGCAUGCACGUGAGCUUGAACAAGGUACAUGGGAAAGUGGGUAUGAGGAUUUGCCUAUGUUUCUUCAUAAGAUUAAGGCAGCGAAUCCAGGUACAAUUACUAGACUUAUAUGCGACGAGCAAGACCGGUUUAGGUUCUUGUUCAUUGCAUUUGGUGCAUGUAUCAAUGGUUUUCAGUUUAUAAGAAAUGUGGUUGUGGUAGAUGGGGGUCAUUUGAAAGGAAAGUUUGAGGGUGUUUUGCUUGUAGCCGCUUUGCAGUAUGGAAAUGGUGAGAUAUUUCCCUUAGCUUUUGGGAUUGUAGAUUCUGAAAAUAAUGCUUCAUGGGAGUGGUUUUUAACCCAGUUACGUAUGAUUUGUGCCGACCAACAAGAGCUGGUGGUUAUUUCUGAUAGACAUAGAUCCAUUAGAAAAGCUGUUCGGGAGGUUUCUGAGUUUGUUGCAUUAUUUGACGAGAUUCAAAGGCAAAAUCCUGAUAUUGCAACAUAUUUGGAGAAGGCUGAUGUUCGUCUGUGGUCUCGCGCAAAUUUUCAAGGAGAUAGAUAUGACAUAAUGACUAGCAACAUUUCUGAGUCUAUCAAUAAGGUUCUUAAAGAUGCUCGCGAUACUCUUACGGUGCAUCAUAUAGAUGCACAUCGUAGCUAUGUCACUGGCGGUGCAUUUGCUUGUGUUGUUGAUAUACAACAGAGGAGUUGUACUUGUCGCGUUUACGACUUCGACAAGAUACCUUGUGAACAUGCUCUUGCUGUUAUUGGGAAGCGACCAAAUCUAUCUUUGGAAACUUUCGUGCAUCCUUACUACACAAAGAGUACCUUGUACGGUGCAUAUGUAGAGUAA